AUGGGUCUCGUCGACGCGAAGAACAAGGUCCCGGAGCUCCAGAAGUUCUACCAGACCGCCUAUAAGGAGCACACCCGUGUCUGGAAGAUCAACCCUCGUAGCCGUCUCUACAUGACCCCCUACGUUAUCCUCCUGUGGGGAAGCAUCGGUGCUUCUUUCUACGGUGCCGGCCGCAAGGUUCUUGGCUACAACACCUACUUCGGCAAGAACUAG